CUCCGGUACCCUUGUCAGGAUGAUGCACAUCCAGCGAAACGACGUGGACGACUUGGUGCUCAAUGGGCUAGGCACCCCCGAGCUAUGGCACAACUUGAGCGAAGAGCUGCAGGGGGUCAAGGUGCUCGAGCACCCACGGGUGCCCAAGAAGGUUCUGAUCAAAGCCAUUCGCAUGCAAACGAUUGCGAUGCGGUGCAUGGCAGGGGAGUUCGACCAGCUGCGCGACCGCCUCGAAGCUGUCGAGAAGGACACUGCCCAUGGCCAAAAACAGCUGGAAAAGGUCAACACCAAAGUCCUGGCGUUAGAGGCGGCGCUGGACGGGGCGAAGAAGAGAGUGGUCGAGUUGGAGGCGGAUAUCGUCAAGGAGUCCAAGCGAAUUGAUGCUGUCGAGGGGCUCGAAGGCCAGCUCAAGAACGUGCGCGACGAGUUGAAGUUUGUGGACAAGGCGGUGGAGAACCAAAAGGUCGAGUUUGGGGUGUUUGCUACGCGGGUGGAGCACGAAGUGGUCGCGGUCAGGGCCGCCGUGGACGCGACCAAGGCCAGUGUUGUGGCAUUGGAAUCGAAAAUGGAAGAGGAAGUCGAAGUCAAAGUACUCACGUCCGAGGACAUUCUGCACGGAAACAUGCCGCUCUCUCGGUGGUUUGACCAGUAUGCCGACGACAACCGGCGGCGGGAGGACAUUCUCAAGGACACAAGCGACAAGUUUGCCAAGCAAAGUCGAGGAAUUCACGAUAUGAUGAACGACACGAGGAAGGCGCUGGAUGAUAACACGAGCGCGGUGGAAGAUGUCCAGCGGGCGUUGAUUGAAAAGGCUGACAGAGUCAAAGUCGACUUGAUCAUCGAGAGCAAGUACGAAGAGAUCAUUGAGCAGCUCCAGAAAGCCAUGACUGCCAUCAGCGAAGACGAGGACGAGUUCAAGCGGAAUUGCCGCGACUUGCAAGACUUGGUGCAAAACCUGUCUGCGAGUAAAGCCGACAAAAAGGAUCUCCUCGAAGUGAAGGAACAAGUGCUCUAUGACUCGCGCGUGCGCCAGCAAGUGGAGAACUUGCGCGCAUUCAUUGACCUCAAGAUGAACCGCGAAGAUGUGCUCAGUGCAUUAACAAAUAAAGCCGACAAGGACGAGAUGCAGUUGCUGCUCAAGACCCUUUCCGACAGCAUGUACGCAGCUGUGUCCAAGUCAACUUCCCUCAGCCAAGAGCCCGAAACCGCCUUUCUAACCAAAAAUUCCAUCCACAAGCGCCCGGGGGCCCUGCCCAGCUUAGAGAAAGACCGGUGUCUGGCGUGCAAUUCCGUGCUCGCUUCGGGCCUUCUGAAUGGACCCCCCCCUAUGGGCUCGACGUACGGCGGGGGCUUCCAAACAGCUGCCCCGGGCUACGACAAGGGAAAAGGCGCUUCGAUGAUGCUCAAGCCCCCCCUCCCGAGUUUGAACUUUGACAGCUACCUCCUCGGAAUGGACGGCCACGUGUAUCACGGUGACGUGGACGCACCACAGCCAGCCCCCCUCGUCCAAUCAGCAUCCGACUUGUCGGCCAAACUGCUGGUCAAAGUUCUGUCGCCCAACCAAACCAUCGACAGACGACACGAGCGACCGAGGUCUAGUGGCGGCGGUCGUUAACUGCGUCAAAUAAUCUAUACGUAGUUAGUUGUUCCUUGUACCUCCC